AUGUCCAUCGCCCGAAGGCCUUUGGUUCACAUGUCCAAUCGUCUCAGGCAACAAGCCCAGCAUAUGACCACAUCAACUGCUAGGACCAGCAAUAUGUCAGAACCACAACGACCCAACAUCACUCUAUACACGGACGCAACGCCGAAUGGGAUCAAGAUAUCGAUUGCUCUCGAAGAACUCGGCAUCCCAUACAAGGUCGAGCACAUCGACAUCUCGACCAACCGACAAAAAGAGCCGUGGUUUCUCGAGAUCAACCCCAACGGCCGCAUCCCCGCGAUCACCGACACGUUCUCUGACGGCAAACAUAUCCGUCUUUUCGAAUCAGGCAGUAUUUUUCAGUAUCUUGCCGAACAAUACGACAAAGACCACCGGAUCAGCUACCCAAAGGGUUCUCGCGAGCACUAUGAAGUGAACAACUGGUUAUUUUUCCAAAACGCCGGCCUGGGCCCCAUGCAAGGCCAAGCAAACCAUUUUGUCCGGUACGCGCCAGAGAAGAUCCAGUACGGCAUGGACAGGUACGUGAACGAGACGCGACGCUUGUAUGGGGUACUGGACAAGCACUUGCAAAGCUCGAAGUCGGGGUUCAUUGUUGGCGAUCACAUUUCUAUCGCUGACAUCACGACAAUUGGCUGGGUGAUUUGGGCAGGCUGGGCGGGGGUUGAUAUCGACGAGUUCCCGACGCUCAAGAAGUGGGAGGAGAUGAUGUAUGCGAGGCCAGGAGUGAAAAGGGGUUGUGACGUUCCGAAACCACUGAGGAUCAAGGAGCGUCUGAAGGAUAAGGCAAAGAUGGAAGAAGAUGCGAAGAAGGCGAGUGCGUGGAUUGUGCAGAGUAUGGAGGAGGAUAAGAAGAGAAAAAUCCCCGAAGCUCGAGCUAUAGGUACGUGA